AUGGCCCUUAAUAAAUAUAUGCAUCUAAGAAACCCAUUUAGGACUAAGCCAAACUUUCAAAAGCUUGCUGAAAAUUAUGAUUUUUUUAGGGAAGCUGUUGCUCAAGAUGAGAAAGGGAAAUUCGUAGUCGACUUUAAGCAGCCAAAGCAAUUAGCUGCACUAAGCAAAGCAAUUCUUCUAUCUGAAUUCAAUCUUGAAGUCGAUUUUCCACUUGACAGAAUGAUUCCGACCGUUCCUCUAAGGAUGAAUUACAUCCUCUGGAUCGAAGAUUUGCUGUCUCGUAUGCCUAAUGUAUUAUACUAUUUAUUUAUAUUAGAUACUAAAUUCGAUCAGGGGUCUAUAAACAUAUUAGAUAUCGGUGUUGGCGCUUCUUGUAUAUACCCUUUGCUUGGUGCAAGAAAAAAUGACUGGAAUUUCGUUGGCACUGAAAUUGACGCUAGAAGCUUCUCUUUCGCCAUAAUGAAUGUUUUCAAAAACAGACUUGAAGAUAAGAUUAAACUGUUGCGUGCAACUGACUCUGGUUCGUAUCUUGGAUUCUUAUUUGGAGCAGAUACCUGUGGCACGUUGAAGAGCCACUCCGUCCCCCCUUGUUCUAUAAGCAUGACUCCUUUCAUUCCUCCAACAUACAUUCAUAUUGUAAUGGCCAAUCCACCUUUUUUUGCUGAUGCCAGCGAUGAAAUGGGGUUAAAUUCUAGUCGAUCGAUGGUCCGAUCAACUCCAAAAACGGCAUCAGCUGCGGCAAGACAUGAGAGUCAAGCUCCUGGUGGAGAAGUAUGCUUUGCUAUGCGCUUGGCUAAAGAAAGUCUUGUUUAUCGAGAUCGCAUUGGGCAAGGGGUAUCGGCAUUUUUUGAUUUUAAGUUGAGUUAG